AUGAGGCAUCCUGACAGCGAGAGCAGGGUCAUCUGGGGGCUGAGAGACGUGCACGUGAUCGUCUCCAUGAUCUUCGCGUGCACGCUGGCGUGCUACUUCGAACGAAUGGGUUUUUCGAUCGCUUUCACCGAGCUCGCCAAGUCGGCGAGUCUUAACGAGGCGGACAAGGGAACCGUCAUGUCGGCCUUCUUCUACGGGUACGCGGUCAUGCAGCUCCCGGGGGGCUGGCUCUCGGCGCGGCACGGAGGCGCGCGCAUCCUGGGCCUGUCCUUCGCGCUGUGGGGCAGCAUCUCGAUGGUCAUGCCGGGCACCGUUCACGAUGGCAGCACGACGAUCUUGAUGGCUUGCCGAGUUGCCAUUGGAGCCAGCCAGGGCAUGUUUAUCCCUGCAUCGCACACGCUCCUCGCCAAGUGGAUCCCUGUACACGAACGUAGUCGAUUGGUCACCCUGGCGAUGUCUGGCAUGUGA